AUGAAGAGUACGCCCCAAGUUCUGGCAGCAUUGGCGAUUGUGGUAGUCGGUACUGCCGCUUUACAAGAAGGCAUCAUAAUCGGGAAAACGUUUGGCGGACCCCACGGUGACGAGUACUCGGACUACCACCUCGUUACGGCAGACCAAAUGGUGCACUGCCUCACAAUCCGCUUUGCUGAUCGCGUGGAUGCCGUCAGUCUCAAUGUGACGGAUCCGGCAGGUCAAAAAACCACCUUUUACCACGGCGGAGAGGAUGGUGACCCAAAAACGCAUUGUCUUGCUGAUAAUGAACACUUCACCGGGUAUCAGGCGCACUGGGGUAAGUACUAUCGCAAAACGCGUCUCAUGUAUGUCGAGUUUACCACCGAUAAGGGAGAAACCAUCUCUGGCGGAACUCCAACGGACGAUAGCGGGAGCAAGGGCAAGGACACCGCUCCAUCGGGUUACCAGUUGGGUGGCUUCGUGGGCUACAGCGGGAACGAACUUGAUUCGAUGGGAGCCAUUUGGACACGCAUCAAGCCGGUGGUGUAG